UCGGCGAAUUAGGAUUUAUAUUCCGGCAGGCUUUAUUAAGAACAGUAGUGGUGGUUUGAUAAAGCCUUCACAGAGAGUAUCUUCUGGACCUUUGCUUUUAGCCUGGAAGCAAGCGCUCCAAGAGUGUGACAACGGGGAUGCAAUAAUUUGCUUGUAUUUACCGCUGACGAAGGGGUGAAGGCGAACUGUGAUGUGCAGUGAUCCUUGUACAUGUUGGACUACGGCGAUGCGAACCAACGAGUUCUGUGUGAGUACUUUAACCUAGAUUGAUUAAGGCACAUAUGAAGUACCUGGAAACGUUUAACGCAAGGUGCUGUACUUCAGUUUGCGCUCGCUCGUAGACCACAUGGGAUAGAGGCAUUUGGAGCGAGGAACUUUUUGCGCUGCCAAGGACUGUCGUUCUGGCGGCGACCGAGGCAUCUUACAGUCGCACUUCCCGACGAUGGAGGACACUGUGCGCAUAAUCUAGCCUGAUUCUAAGCGCCUUCGUAAAAGACCAUUUCGGCUAGAAAUUAAUUAUAGUUAAUGUAUCGUCUCUACCAAUAUUCCACCAUGAAAUAGGCUGCUUAAAAUGGACUUCACAAACUGGUUAAUCAGAGAAGAAAAACGAUACUGGAUGAGAGCGUUUUCAUUAUGGCUAAAUAUACGAACAUAGGUUUCUUUACGAAAUAAUUUUCCGCAUCAGUAACAAGAAUAUUCGUGUCAAGUUCAAGAAAAUCCUACAUCAACAUCUCAGAUGGAGCUGCCAGUGAUGGUUUUUACCAUUGUAUGUUGGGUAUCCGUUUGGGCGGAUGACAAGAUCAUCUCAGAUAGGCAUGCUGUCUACUGGAAUAGCUCCAACUCCAGGUUCUGGCAUGGAGAAUACACCGUGGCAGUUAGCAUCAAUGACUACCUGGAUGUCUACUGCCCAUACUACGAGAGCUCGCAAGCUCAUGGACGUAUGGAGCGCUACAUUCUCUUCAUGGUGAACCACGAUGGCUACGUGGCCUGCGAGCACCGGAUGAGGGGCUUUAAACGCUGGGAGUGCAACCGGCCACAGAGCACGGAGGGGCCACUGCGCUUCUCUGAGAAGUUCCAACUCUUCACACCCUUCUCACUGGGCUUCGAGUUCCGCCCCGGGCAUGAGUACUACUACAUCUCCUCUCCACACCCCAACCAUGCUGGAAAACCUUGUUUGAAGCUGAAGGUUUACGUGAAGCCAACAAAUGGCUCAGGCUACGAGUCUCCAGAGCCAUUCCUGACAGACUGGAGCCCCGGACACUGGGAAGAGGGUCCCGGGUCCACCGGCCUGCCACUGCUGGCCUGCACGCUGGCUUUGCUGCUGCCCCACCUGUAGGAGGUGCAGCAGCGGCCCUUGCCUUCCAACCUGCCGAUCACCCUGCCACUGCUCCCUCAACCCCUCAGGGAAACCCUCUCAGCCAGCCUACUGGUCCACAGGUUAACGCAAGCAGAGCCUUGGAAAUGGACAACGGUGAAGCAGGCCAGAGCGCUCUGCUGGCAAGGACCCAGAUGGAGGACAGAGACACCUGCUCCCCUCUCAAGCUUUCCACAGGGAAAGUGACCUACUGGUUGAGCUGCAGCUCUAGUGAUAUUUGGAUGCUUGAGGGAACCUGUUGAGGAAUGUGACUUUGGCAUUUAGUCUGCAUUUUAAUUGUAAGCAAAGCAUAUGUCCAUGUGUCAGUUUAUUGUCCAGGAUCCAGCAGGUAGGGGAAGAUUGCAAAAAAACCUAUGUUGUGACUUAGGUUCCUAGAAAGGCUGUAUUUUGAUGUCAUUCCAUACUUUGACCCUCUUUAGCCUGACACAGAGCUUAGUCUCCCUAUGACAGAUGAUGCCAAAGGACAUAUUUUUACCUUUUUCUCUGCAUUAGCAGUUGAAAGAAUGGAAGAGAUCUUGUUUUUAUGAACCAGCACCUAUAGCUGUAGACUAUUCACGUGCAUGUGAAACACUGUGAAGGAAUAAAACUGAUCUUGUUACAAUAACAAUUAUAUAUUUUUAUCGGUGGAAAAAAUGAACUAAUCCUCUCAGACUCUCAAGCCACGCUACUGACUCCCUGCCGUCACCCCUGAUUUUGCUGAUAAGAGAUUUUAUCGGAUGCAGCGGAAUGUCAUCGCUCGCUGCAGUCACCUGAAAGCUGUGACGGCACGCAUCGAACCUAGGGAGGGAGCAGGUACCAGAAAGCUCUGCAAUCAGCACGGUCAGUACCGGUCAGACCCCACUGCAGCUCAACCCUACAAAGCCUCCACAUUCUCACACCACACCCUGGGUUCUACUGGUAGCAAGGAAGAGUGAAAUGCUAACCAAAAAUGAUUGUGUUUGAGGAAGAGUGCGGGGACAUGUCUCCAUUUAAUGUGAAAAUCGCUGAAGUAAUGAGACUGCAUGAGAAUCAGCAGGGGAAAUUGGAGUGGGAUUUUUUUUUGUAUUCUAUUUCAUGUUAUUUUUGUAGCAUUUAAAAGCAGCAUCAAUUAUUCAUGUGAUAUGGGCAAUGGUUUUAGUGUCUUGACUGACGAUCCAGUGGUGAGUCAGCAGGCAGUGAAAGUGGCUCUCCCAAACACCUCUGUCAUUGUGCUCCUAUCCAACGAUUCAGUAUGUAAAAAGGCAAUGUGUCGACGUUCAUCCAAAUAGUGUCCUCUUUCUCAUGUGACAUUUUGUACAGCCAACUUUUUUUGUCAAACUGCAGUAAAGUACUGAAAUGGAGAAAAUGAAAAUAAAGCAUUUUGUCUACAAGAUGCUGUAAAUGGUGAACUCAAGCAUUUAUUAGUUUUGUUGAGCUGUAAACUCAGGAUGAGAGAUCAGGUCAUGGACUAAACAUGGUUUUAGAUCAAGCUAAUCUAUUUGUAUGUCAUGGUUAAAACCAUAUUGGGCCUAGACUAUAUAAAAUAUAUUUGUUGUUAACUAUUAUGUUGUUCUGGAUACAAAAUCUUUUUUCUUAAUACUGAGCUGUACUGUAAAAGGCUGUGUUUUGUUUGACAUUUUCUCUGCAUCAUAUAGAGAUUUCAUUUCCCCUAUUAUGUUGUAUGUUCUUCAUUUUAACC